GACGAAGAUGAAGAAUUUGAAAGCUCAGAUUCAGAAAGUAAUGAUGAUUUGGAAUUGUCAAAAGUCACUGAAAUGAGACUUCUUCCUUCAUAUGCUGGAAAGUGUAUCCUUGCUAUCAUGCAUGCCUCAUAUUGUUAGUGCAUUUUAACAUUGUAAUGGGUGUUUUGAAACUUCACAGGUUCUUUCUUGUUUUUACAGAUGACAACACCAAUAUCAAUUGAAGACGUUCCUAGAGAGGUCAAAAUCCUCAAAGCCUUGUCCAACCAUAAUAAUCUUGUCAAAUUUUAUGAUGCAUGUGAGGAUGCACUUAACGUCUACGUAGUCAUGGAAUUAUGUGAAGGUGGAGAAUUAUUAGAAAGAAUUUUAUCCAGAGGUGGAAGGUACUCAGAGGAGGAUGCAAAAGCUAUAGUUAUUCAAAUACUGAGUGUAAUCGCCUUUUGUCAUCUUCAAGGUGUUGUGCAUCGUGAUUUAAAGCCAGAGGUUUGUAUCAUAGAGAACUUUGAUUCAAUUUAUGCAGACAUGAUAUUACUUUAGAUCUCUUAUUUUACAGG